GCCUGAUGAGGCUCCGCCCUUCGGGGGCGGUGCCGGAGGUCACGGAGCUUGGAGUGGGCCCUUGUCAAGAUGGCUGCUCCCUCACUGCUGGGCUGCGGCCGGGCAGCGACCCGCAAGGUGUUGCGGCUGGAGGCCCGGGGGCUGGCAGGGGCGGCCCCCUCCGCGGCGUUGUGCACCAGGCCGGCAGGCUCCGGGACGCCGCCAGCGAAUAUAGUGACACCACAGGGAAGCACCAAGCUGCUAGCCAUCAAGGCACCAAUUGAAUUCCCUAAAAUGUUGUCUUCUAGUUCUCUCUUAGCAUCUUCAAACAAAGAAAACAUAGCAGUAAAGGCAUCAAUGCUAGCAAAAGAGAACUUGUCCCAGAAAUCUCAGAAAGAAUAUGUAGCUAAGAAGAAGCCACGCAAACCAGAAACUGGUGUGUCUCCUGUCAAGCAGGUCACAUUUUCUAGAACACCAGUCAGCCAUGAAAUGUCAAAAUCCAAAGCAGAAGACUCCAAAGUAAAAUCAACUCCGAAAGAAGCAGGUCGAGAGAAGCUGGUCUUAGACCCACACAUGGUUGAAAGCCAAGACCUGGGCAACGACACUUAUAAAUCUGAGGAAAAGUCCAUUGGAACCCAAGUAGCAGCUAUUGAGAUGAAAGUUUCAUCAGCAACUCAGGAAGACACAAAGCAGAAACUGGUAUCCAGAGGAGAAGAAAAGAAGGUGAAGGAGGCACAGAAGUCAGCAGCUGCUCCUAAACUAGAAGAGACUUCUGAAAGCACAAUGUUGGUAAUGGGCACUACAGCAAAGGAGGAGACCAUUCAAGAAGCAGGAGGCCAGGAUGGAGAAGGGAGCACAAUAGAGGAGACCACAGCAGCUGACAAGCCCGCCCCAGAAGAAUUUGAUAAUUCUACCUACAAGAACCUUCAGCACCAUGAAUAUAACAUUUAUACCUUUGCUGAUUAUAUUACUAUUCUCUCAAAAUACAGGCAGCCUCAGCCAUCUUCUGGAAGACAAUCGCCAAGGCACUGAGACAACCACAUUUAAAACAUGUCCAGGCAGAAUGAUAAAUUGUUCUAUUUAGCUUCAUCUAUGUUAUAAAUCAGAUAAUAAAUAAGUGCACAAUAACUUA